ACACCAAACCACAACAAAACCCAACCACCCACCAAACUAAAACAACCAACCCAACACCCACAACCAACCAAACCCAAACCACCACCCACACAGACCAACCCCACAAAAAAACAAACCCACAAAAACAACCCACAACCAAAACCAACCACACCCACAAAACACACCACCCACCCCCACACCCCACCACAACACCCAAACCCCACCAUCAAAACACACCAGAAAAAACCAACCCAAAACAAAAUCCCCACCAACCACAACCCACAACACACCACCCCCAACAACCACCCACAACCCAACAACAACCCACCAACAACAAACACACACCCAACACCACAACCCCACCAAACCCCACAACCACACACAACCAACACAACCCACACCAACAAAAACACCAACCAACAACAAACCCAAUCACCCACCAAACAACCCAAAACCACACCAACCCCCCCCCAACCCCACACCCACCCAACACACAACACAACCAAAACAACAAAAUCUACCCCAAACAUUAACAAACCACAACACACCCUCCAACUCACACUAACCCACCAACAACCCCAAACAAACAACACAAUCCAACCCAACCAAAUCCCCAAUCACACAACCCACACCCAACCCCAAUCACCAAACAACUUUCAACCACCCCAACCCACACCCCAACCUCAAAAACCCCCUAUCAAAUCCCUACACCCCCCCCCGACAACAACCUCCAACAAACCACCACCCACCAAAAAAAAAACCACAACCCAACCCAAACAAAAAAUCAACCACACCCCAAACACAACCCCCAACCAACAACCACCAACACCACCCCCACCAACACCAAACAAAAACAACCCCACACACAACACCACCAUAAAACCCACCAAACCCCCCAAACAAAUACACACAAACGCCCCACCAACAAUACCCACAAAAAAACCACCCCCACCCCAAACCAACACCCACAACCACACAACCACAAAACCACAACAACAAACCAAACACAACCACACCAAACACAACCCCCACUCCAACAACCAACAACACAACCCAACCCAACACCACCAAAAAAAAAACCCCCACACCCCACACAAAACAACACACACCCAACACCAACAACCACAAAAAACCACCCCCAACAACCACACACCCACCCCCACCCACACAACCACCACCACACAAACCCCAACCAACACAACCCCCAACAACCACACCAACCCACCCAACAACCCACCACCCAACCCAACCUCAACCCACCAGAACAUCAACCCAACCAACCCAACCCAACCCAACCAACCCAACCAACCAACUCCAACCCAACCACCCAACCCAACCCAACCAACCCAACCCAACCCAACCAAACCCAACCCACCCAACCCAACCAACCCAACCACACAACCAACCCAACCAACCCAACCAACAACCCAACACAACCCAACCCAAACCCCACACCCAACCCAACCAAACCCAAACCAACCCAACCACAACCAACCCAACCCAACCCAACCCAACCAACACGCACCCAACCAACCCAACCCAACCCACCGCAACCCACCCAAAACCCAACCCAACCCUAACCAACCACCCCCAACCCACCCAACCCAACCAGACCAACCCACACAACCCAAACCCAACCGACCAACCCACACCAACACCAACCCAACACCAACCCAACCCAACCCAACACAACCGAACCUAACCCACACCAACAACACCAACGCCAAGACCCAACCCACCCAACCUCCACCCAACCACAACCCAACUCACCCAACCCAGACCCAACCCAACGCCAACCCAACCAACCCAACCAACCCCAACCCAACCAACAACCCCAAACCUACCCCCCCAAGACUCCAACCCCCAACAACCACACCAACCAAUCCCAACACAACAACCAAACUCCAACCCCACAACCUAAACCCAACCACCAACCUCCACCCCAACCCAACCCAACCAAGACUCCAACCCACCCCCACACCCAACACCAACCCCCACAACAACCCAACCCAACCACCCCACCAACAAGCCAACCUAACCAACACCACAACCAACCUAACCCAACCCUUACUGACCCCAAAACCCAACCCAACCCCCACCAACACCACAACCAACCCAACCCACCCAUCAACGCCACACAACAACUGCGAACCCAAACCACCUAACCCAGAACCUACCCAACCAACCCAACCACACCUAACCCAACCCGAACCCAAACCCAAACAACCCAACCCAACCCAACUCCCCACCCAACCCAACCAACCAAAAACCUAA